CGCUCGCCAGUCAUCGAGCGGCCGCCGUAUGAGAUGCUACCGUGAAGCUCCGGACUUUAUUUCUAAAUUCAUAAAGACAUGCGCGCAUAGAUUAACGUAAUUCUUGAAUAAAAACGUUUAUUUUUAUUGGAUUUCAGUGACAAAAUUCUGUGGCAGUGUAGUGUUUUUUGUUUGUAGUCACUGUUUUAAGUUCCUUAUACUGAUCUCGAUUUAUGCUUGUGGUGUGUUUAUGUUGGGAUCGCGGCGCCCGUUCCGUUCGGCGUGUUGGAGGGACGUCGCCCUCGAAGAAUUCUAGGAGAUGAAGCGGCGGUCGUUGUCGAAGUGUGCGAAGGCGCAGGUGAGGUGAAGUGAACGUGGGUGAAGCUGGGUGGAGCUGGGUGAGAUGGAUCACGCGGUGAAGGCGAUGUCUGACCGGGGUCCGGUGGCGCGGCUAUUCACUCGCCGUCGCUUCGAAUCCGUCGAGUUAGAGGAACUCUACGCUCGGUACGCCUGCAAACUCCAGCGUACAUCUGUGGUAUAUGCCCUCGCGCUUUGGGCUGUUCUGGCCGCUGCACUGGCUGCAGUUGAUGCUACUCGAGGCUGGAAACGAGCACCUCAGGUCGGCGUCCUUAGUGCUCAUGCACUUCUCUGCGCUGGUCUCGCUUGGUGGUGUGGUCGUUCUGGGGGUGUGACUCCUGAGCGACGCUUGCCCCGGGCGUGCUGGCUAGCUCUGGCUGGUGGUGGAACAGCUUUAGCAGCAACGUUGCCAGUAUGGAGCCCUGGCUCGGCGGCAGAGGGUGCUGUCCACGUGGUGUGGGCCGUGUUCGCCGCCUACGCCCUUCUUCCUGUGGGCGCGCCUGUUGCAGCGGCCUUCGGUCUUCUGUUGCCGAUAGCACACACCAUUGCUGCCGCACUAGUGGCUCAUCGAUUUCCCUACCACAUAUGGCAGCAGAUGGUGGGUAACGUAGCGGUGUUCAUUUGCGUGAACGUGGUAGGGGCUUUGAUGCACUCUCUCAUGGAGACAGCACAGCGGCGAGCUUUCCUGGAUACGAGGAACUGCAUCGCCGCCAGACUUGACAUGGAAGAUGAGAAUGAAAAACUGGAAAGGUUACUGCUCUCAGUUCUACCACAGCACGUCGCGGUCGAGAUGAAAAACGAUAUAAUAUCUCCAGUAGAAGGACAGUUCCACAAGAUCUACAUUCAGAAUCAUGAGCAAGUCAGUAUUUUAUUUGCGGAUAUCGUCGGUUUCACCGUACUGGCGUCGCAGUGCAGCGCUCAGGAGUUGGUGCGGCUUCUCAACGAGCUCUUCGGCAGAUUCGAUCAACUUGCUAACGACAACCACUGUCUUCGCAUCAAAAUCCUGGGUGACUGUUACUACUGCGUGUCCGGGUUGCCGGAGCCUCGAUCAGAUCACGCUCGUUGCACAGUCGAGAUGGGACUAGACAUGAUAGACGCCAUCGCUUCUGUGGUAGAAGCGACAGACGUCCAAUUGAAUAUGCGAGUUGGUAUUCACACUGGGCGGGUGCUCUGCGGCGUGCUUGGUCUACGGAAAUGGCAGUACGAUGUUUGGUCCAAUGACGUCACACUCGCAAACAAUAUGGAGGCCGGAGGGGAGCCGGGUCGAGUUCAUAUAACGCAAGCGACUCUAGAAUGUCUCGGCGGCGCUUACGAAGUGGAACCAGGCCAUGGAGCUAGUCGGAACGCCUAUCUACGUGAUCAUUCCGUACAGACGUAUUUCAUCAUCCCUCCUCCACGACGGAGAAAAAUGUGCCUGUCUGCUGGUGUCGGUCUGGGCUCAGGGUCCCGACGCAAGCUGUCUUUUAAAAACGUAUCCAACGUAGUAGUCCAGCUAUUACAUUCUAUCAAGUUCAAUGUAGAUGUACCCUUUUCGAACAUGGCCGCAUCGCCACAGGAGCUAAAGGCAAACGCUGCUAGGAAGGUGCUGGACCUGCGGAGAGCGCUGCACGCGGAGCCUGGCUCGGCGGAGGCGCUGCGGCUGGCUGCUCUGCGCGGCGACCACGUGAGCGCCCCGCCCCCUGCUCCUGCAGCCCCCGCAGCCCCCGCCCACGCCCCGCACCACCACACCUUCGACGCCGUCAUGCAGCACCACGCCCUACGCACACACGCAACGAAUAAGGUAACGGAGAAAUUCAAGCGGCCGCUGAAAAAGCGUCAUUCGUCUGUUUACCACCAGCCCACUAACCGCGUCAACAAGUAUCUCGCGCAAGCCAUCGAUGCGAGAUCCGUGCAUCGUGAGAAGGCUACGCACGUUCACCUCCUCACGCUCUGUUUCAAAGAAGGGAGUGACAAGGAAGCACAAUAUCGAGCUUCGACUGACGGUGGCUGGGCGGGGUCCCUCAGUGCCGCUCUCGGAGCUCUGGCCGCUGCAGGGGCGCUCCAAGCUGCUAUACUACCUCGGACCACCAUACUUCUUCUCCUAUUUGUGACAGCGUUUGCCUGGUCUGCCGCCGUCUUGGCCCUUACUCUUGCCGCUCGACUGAGACUCAUACCUUGCGAUGUAUCCAGACCUUUUGCUCUCAGGAAUGCUAUUACUACUUUCACCAUCGUUCUUGGUUACGCUGUUGGACAAGUUAAUGUCAUAACGUGUCGUGAGAUCGACGUUUGUAAAAAGAUAUCAGAGAACACGACCUCGAUGGAGGAAGUAAGAUCCGCUACCGGCGAUGUCGCAGCUGCUUUGUGGAGUAGUAACGAUCAUUUGGCGUGUCCUAUACCCUUGUAUAUAACGCUGGGUUGCUGUCUCAGUAUGCUGACUGUGGCUGUGUUUCUGCGCUUGCCGAUUUUGGUGAAAGGAAUACUUCUAGCUGUCAUGACAGCCGGAUACGUAGCUGUUAUUUUGGGAUUUCAUAGAGAUAUCUUCGACUGUUACGACCUCAUGACGGGCACGGGUCCAAUAUCAUCGUCAUACUCUUCGUGUGCGUGGACGAUAGCGCUGGCGCUGGCCGUGUUGCUUCACGCUCGUCAGACCGAGUGGACCGCCAGGCUAGACUUCUUGUGGCAGGUUCAGGCGCGAGGAAAAAGAGAAAUGGAUGCACUGCAGGCAUCUAACCGAAGGAUAUUAUUUAAUUUACUGCCAGCUCACGUCGCAACACAUUUCUUAGAUAACCAAUUCAGAACAAACAUGGAUCUGUACCAUCAAUCGUACCAACGUGUGGGCGUGGUCUUCGCUUCAAUCACCAACUACCAUGAGUUCUACAUGGAGUUAGAUGGAAACAAUCAGGGCAUGGAGUGUCUAAGGCUCCUUAAUGAGAUCAUAGCUGAUUUCGACGAGCUAUUAGGAGAAGAUCGUUUCGGUGCCAUUGAUAAAAUCAAAACGGUUGGAUCUACUUACAUGGCUGCUGUCGGGCUGAUACCAGAUAAGAAAAUGACCGAUGACACGAGCACACGGAAACAUAUGGCCAACUUAGUAGAAUUUGUGUUCUCAAUGAGAGACAAACUAAAAGAUAUAAACGACAAUUCCUACAAUAACUUCAUGCUUCGUGUUGGUAUAAACGUUGGACCAGUGGUAGCUGGUGUAAUCGGCGCUAGGAAACCUCAGUAUGAUAUCUGGGGCAAUACAGUUAAUGUAGCCUCUCGGAUGGAUUCUACUGGGCUACCGAACCACACCCAAGUUACUGAGGAGGUAUAUCAGGUGUUGAAGGACAUGCCUUAUCAAUUUGUAUGCAGAGGAAAAGUAAAAGUGAAGGGAAAGGGCGAAAUGACUACUUAUUUCUUGACCGACAGAGCACCUUCUAACGGAAAUCUGCAUAAUCCGUCUAAUGGUCAACCUCAAAAUCCACCUACGGCUUAUGGCGGCGUAGCAACACCUCUAGCGAUGUUACAAAACUCAGCCCGAAGAACGGCCACCCAACCAUCUAGACUACCUCCCGUUCGAGAAGCCUCGGUAGCGGGUGAGAACGAACCACUUUUGCCAUCCAACGGCUAUCAUAAUGGCAACAAUCACAAAGGCAGCAAAGGACAGAAUAAGGAGUCCGAAGAUACACCUCCUCCUCCACCUCCCCAUGGCAUAAAUGGAAAUCCUCGUUGGCCUCCCCCUAGAGCGUUAGUACCACCUUGGCCAAGACCACAAGAGACACGACCUCCGGCCGUACAUAAGAGAAGGCCUCCUGCGAGACUUCCCAGACCACGGUCUAGUGAAAGCCUACCAUUAGCUAGAAGUCCGAGAGUGCAUUCCUCUGCUGAUGAGUUGAGUUCCCUUACCCGUUCCCCUAGUCUUAGUUCCUCAGAUGAAAGUUACUCACGAACAACUGAUGCCUCUCCUUCCCCUCCGCGACCAACCCCAUGGCUACCACCUCACCGACCUCAACGAAAUGAUCCUAACCCCUCAUACGACUACCCACCCGUCCGUUUAAACAAACCGACUCCAAACUUUAUUAAUGAAAUUUAUGCGAAACAUAAAUUAAAUAAAAAACCGUCACUGGACGAUAAAAUCCUAGACGGGAACUUCGGUUUUCAAAAAGAGGAAGAGAAACUGCAGAGGAGCAUAAUAAAUAUGCUUCAAGCUUCGGUUAAGAGAGACAGUUGUUGUCAGACUGAUAAAAAGGAUGUACCUCAUCGAUUUACCCAAAGAACCAGUUCAUUCUCGAGUUCAGGAAGUAGACCGAAUAAUUUGAAACAUUUGAAUCACGAUAGCAGAGAAGUUUUCACUAAGAGAAGUCCGUCGGAUGUAGCCUGCGUACCGCCAUUCGAAAGAGAGAUUCAAAGACUGCUCGAAGAUAAAAAUCUCAUUAAAUUAAACUCGCCCAAAUCUGAGAGGAAGGAAUUGAAACUAGAAUUAAGGUCACCCCACUCUUCAAUGGAGCUUCGUAAUAACAACAAUAACAGUAGUCCACUACACGCGGUUGGUCUUGCGGCUAUUACUCAGCUGGUUCGCCGUGAACCGAGUCCAUCUCGACCACGCCCUCCCCCCUCACGACCCUCCCCUCUCAAACCCUCCGCGGACUUCCCCGGCGUCCUACCCACAGAUGUCAUCGUAGAACUACCUUCGCCUACGCAUAAAGCGGAACAGAAUACCGGUGUGCAAGGUUCUAGAAGUUCGGAGAUGACAUCUUCCAAAGAUAAACAGGAGAAGGAAGUACAGGACAGACUUACUCGGAUUGCCACCUCAAACCAUAGAGAAAUGGGUCUAUACGGGGAGAGUCAGUCCGAAUGGAGUUCGUCGUGUUCGGAGGGCGAGGGUGAGGGGGACGGGGGUCAGCCGGAGAGCACAGGUUAUACAACCGAUGACCCCGCACUGGAGAAUGUGUCCAUGCUGAACGAGGCUGGACUGACUGACGCGGAGGCGGCCCUCAGCGAUGUAAACUCUUGCUACCUGGACCGUGACGAUGACGUGUCUUCCCGCGCUUCCUCUCGUCUACUCGACUCCGAGGCGCUAGUGUCGCUGGAGUCCCUCAGCGCCAUCUAUGAUUCGGACGAGCCGGCUCACCGCUAUCUCGCCAAUAUACGCACCGUCAGCGAAUCCAUUACACGGAACUUCGGCCAGCCCGCACACGUCACUGACGAGAGCGACGUCUAACUGUUUACGAACUGUUCAAACGUCGAUUCCUUCGUUUAGUUGGUAGUUCACUGCUGACUCGAUCGUUUAGCUCUGCCGCUGUAUGAACCGCUGACGUGCCUGAAUGUCCGAAGCUCGUGUGUUCUCUAUAUUAUAUAAAUUGUCAAUAUGUACCUAUAAAUAAACAAAUACACUGUAUAUUAUUCAUUGUACAUUCACGAGUGCCAUUUAAUGGAUGCUCGAAUCAUCUAGAAGUACGCGGUGAUCUCUACAAUUAUAAGGUGCUCUGAUUUAGAAUUAUUUGUUGUUUGUCUUGUGAUAGAUGUCGUUAUUUCAUUAUGACCGACCAAUAUCUGUUAACAUCAGUGCUUAGAGUAAGGGCUGGCCCCUGGACUGUAUUUCUAUUGAAGUCACUGGAGAUGUCUAUUGUAUGCGUGAUUGGAAACUGGAAUGGUUGGAAUAGAAAUGUAUUACUACUGCAUUUGAAUAUAUAACUAUUGUUACCACAGUCUAUGUACGUCUGAUAUAUUGUAAACGGUAAACCUUUUGUUUAACCAUUAUAUAGUAAUUUUAAAUUUUAAUAAUUUCCUUGUCUUGAGUCUAGUCACUCCACACUGAAUUCGAUGUAUUCGUUUAUUUAUUAGCGCACGUCAGAUAUUCCUGUGUUUCAAAUUAUUACCAAAAAAAAAAAUCCGAGUAGUUUUUGGACUAGAACGUUAUUGCCAUAUAAAAUUAUUGAUUGUAGCAAUUUUUAUCAUCAAAAUUCAAAAAAAAAUGAGAUCGUUAACCAACAUAUUUUUUAAAGUCUAUAGGUUUCUUGUAUAAGUUCGUUUAGAUGUUUAAAAAAUGUUGUUACCUUCACAUUUUAUAGUUCAUAGAAUAAAGUACAACCAUAUUACACAGUAUAGAAUAUUUGUUGUAGAAUAUUCUCCGGUUUAUUAAAAAGUUCUAUUAUAAAAUUAAUAGUAAAUUAUACGUCAAUUUUGAUGAUUAUAUUCGUAAGUUAAAAAAAAAAAAUUGGAUAUAAUACUUCCCAUUACGUCAAAUCCUGUUUUUUUGUUUAAAUCAUUUACGUACUUAAUUUCAAUAACAUAUUUGUUUCAGCGAUCACUUUCUCCUUAUUUCAUUACGCUUCAUUUCAUUAAUCGAGACAACGUAUAAUUUUUAUUUAUUAAUAUCUGGAUGGUGUGCUCUCUGAGAUCUAGUGGGUUGUUGAUCUUUGUAAAUAUUGUUAAACACUCGUCUAACAUAAGUAGUGUAUCAUGCUGUGAAGAUAUAUCUUAUUUUUGGAAGGGAUCUCUUAUUUGCAAUCGGUAUUUUAAUUACUUAAAUUUCUCUCUUUAAAAUGUUUAAGUAUAGUGCCAAACGUUUUAAGCACACGCUUAUCUAUUUCUUAUUUAAUCUGUCAAAUUAUAAGUUUUUCAGUUCUUAAGUAUUAUUAGCGAUGUUUAUCUUUUGAUUGUUAUAAUGAACGAAUUUCGAUACAUAUAAAAAAAAAUAUAUAAUCUGUAGUUGAUGAUGAAGAUAAAAAUUAUAAAGUAGAAAUACCUUAAAUGUACAAAUUGUUUAGCAAUUUGAUGACUUUCAAAUCAUACGUAACGUUUUAUUUAUGUAUUGCGGAAAAAUGUGAAUGAAUAUAGUUUAGGUUUACAAAUAGUUCUGUUUCUAAAAAUUAUAAUCUAGAUAAAAAUAUGAGUCAAUUGAAACACUUCAGACAUUUUCAUACUGUAUAAUAAGUUUUGAAUGGUAACCAAAUAUGUCAUUAUUUAUCAAUUAUUUUCUGUAUAUAUUAUACAUUAUUGCUGCAUAUUUAAGACUUACAUAUUUUAUUUAUUUUAAUUCAACUAAGCAAUAUUAAUUACACAUUAUUAAAGUGAUUUACAUAACCUCAAA